AUGGAUGUAAACGUUAUCGGUUGCGGCAAAGGGCCUGGACUGAAACCGAAUUUGCAAGGACCAGAAUGUGGGUUUGUCAACGGGCAGAAAAAGAAACCCCGCAAGAGACGGGGUAAAAGAGGAAGAAAAAGGAAAAGCAAAAAAUCAAAUGAAACGCCACCGUAUUUUCCACCGGAGGCUGAAGAGGGAAACAUUGAGUACAAGCUGAAGCUGGUGAAUCCAACACAGUAUCGUUUUGAGCACCUGGCUACACAGUUAAAAUGGCGGCUACAGGAGGGCAGGGGAGAGGCAGUGUACCAGAUAGGUGUGGAGGACAAUGGGCUUCUGGUUGGACUGUCAGAGGGAGAUAUGAAAGCCUCACUGAAGACCUUGCGUAGGAUGGCAGAGAAGGUUGGUGCCGACAUCACACUCCUUAGAGAGAGGGAAGUGGACUAUGACUCUGACAAGAACUGUAGAAAAAUUGCAGAGGUUCUUGUCCGGAAAGUUCCAGAUGACCAGCAGUUUCUGGAUCUUCGUGUGGCUGUGCUUGGGAAUGUGGAUUCGGGGAAAUCCACAUUAUUGGGUGUGCUUACCCAAGGGGAACUGGAUAACGGUCGGGGAAGAGCACGCCUAAACCUAUUCAGACACCUCCAUGAGAUCCAGACAGGCAGGACUUCCAGCAUUAGCUUUGAGAUCCUGGGCUUUAACAGCAAAGGAGAGGUGGUGAACUACAGUGACUCACGUACAGCAGAGGAGAUCUGUGAAAGCUCUUCAAAGAUGAUCACCUUCAUCGACCUUGCAGGUCACUACAAGUACCUGAAGACCACCAUCUUUGGCCUCACCAGCUACUGCCCAGACUUUGCCAUGCUAGUUGUAGGGGCCAAUACUGGCAUUGCGGGCACUACCCGGGAACAUUUGGGCCUGGCCAUGGCGCUGAAGGUUCCCAUCUUCAUAGUGGUCAGUAAAGUGGAUCUGUGUGCUAAAGUGACGGUGGAACGUACCGUGCGCCAGCUGGAGCGUAUCCUCAAACAGCCUGGCUGCAACAAAGUGCCCAUGGUGGUAGCCAAUCCGGAUGAUGCAGUGACCGCCGCCCAACAGUUUGCCCAGUCCUCCAGUAUCACUCCCAUUUUCACCCUGUCCAGUGUGUCAGGAGAGAACCUGGACCUUCUCAAGGUCUUCUUUAAUAUUCUGCCCCCUCUCAGCAACAGCAAAGAACAAGAGGAGCUUAUGCAGCAGCUAACAGAGUUCCAGGUGGAUGAGAUCUACAGUGUGCCCGAUGUGGGAACUGUUGUUGGAGGAACUCUCUACAGUGGAGUGUGUCGUGAGGGUGAUCGUUUAGUCGUUGGUCCCACAGAUGAGGGGAAGUUUUUGAGACUGAAGGUGUGCAGCAUUCAGAGGAACCGCUCUGCGUGUCGAGUCCUCAGAGCAGGUCAAGCUGCCACGCUGGCACUGGGAAACUUUGACCGCGCGCUGCUUCGAAAGGGUAUGGUGAUGGUGAGUCCAAAAAUGAACCCCACAAUCUGCUGGCAGUUUGAGGCUGCCAUUGUGCUCCUUUUCCACGCUAAGACCUUCCGCCGUGGCUUCCAGGUCACUGUGCAUGUGGGGAAUGUGAGACAGACAGCCACUGUAGAGUGCUUGCAAGGAAAGGAUGAGCUACGAACUGGAGAGAGAGCUGUUGUCUGCUUCCGCUUCAUGAAGCACCCAGAAUAUUUGAGGGUGGGGGCCAAGCUGCUGUUUAGGGAGGGGGUAACCAAAGGCAUAGGCCAUGUCACUUACCUUCUCCCAACUUCUCAGAACCACAAGCAUGACCAGAACCAUAACCACAACCAGAACCAGAACAAGUGUAGAUCGCCCGGGGAAAGGGAGAGCAAAUUUUGA